AUGGAAGGCGAAAACAGAAUGGAAGAAGCGAGGUCGCGAUGUCGAACGUUCAAAAGAAAGAUCGGACCAAUUCGAAUCAACUUGAAUCCCGUAGUUUCCACAAUUUCUGCGAUCAUCAUUUGGGGACUGAUGAUUUGGUCGAUUGUUGAUACGGAGCGUGCUUCGCAUGAAAUGGGAAAAGGCAAGCGUUGGGUAACGGAUAAAUUCACUUGGUUGUACAUAAUCACACAGGAUGCGUGGUUCCUCUUCCUAAUUAUUGUGUAUUUCUCAAAAUAUGGCAACAUGAAACUUGGCAAAGAUGAUGAAGAACCUGAAUUCAGCGACGUGUCGUAUUUUACUAUGUUGUUUUCGGCCGGUAUUGGAAUCGGAUUGUUUUAUUUUGGCGUCGCUGAACCAGUUUUUCAUUAUCAACCCGAAAAACCGUACGGAAAUAGAUUUUGGAACAG